AUGAAGACGCCGUCCCUCAAGCAAACCGCCAUCAAUGCCUUCACGUCGUCCCUCGCCGCCCCGGCAAGCGCCCUAGGACUGGCCAACAAGACAGUCGCGCCAGAACCCGCCCCCAAGAAAGGAAUCAAGCGAAAGACGGGCAAAAGGGGCCUCUACAGCGUCCAGCCCCCCCAAGCGUCAGUCCACGCUCCCCUCACUCCCGUCCCGUCAAACAUCAAAGCACACACCCGCCAGCCAGCCAACCUGACGCGAAGCAGCUCCUCGGACAGCGACGCCAAGGCCCUCAACCCACGACACCCGCCGUCCCGCGCGUCCGGCGGCAUCCCCUCCCCCUCGGGCCGCUACCUAGCCCAGGCCCUCCUGCCGCCGGCCCUCCUCCCCGCGCCGCGCCGCAUCCUCGUCAUCCUCGACCUCAACGGCACGCUGCUCUACCGGCCGUCGCGCAGGCGCCCCUCGCACUUCGUCCAGCGCCCCCACGCCCAAAGGUUCCUCAGGUACUGCCUCGACGCGUUCCACCUGGCCAUCUGGUCGUCGGCGCGGCCCCAGAACGUGGACAGCAUGGUCGCCCAGCUCCUCACCCCCGCCGAGUGCAGACGCUGCGUCGUCAUCUGGGCCCGCGACCGCCUCGGCCUGUCGCCCGACGACUACGACGCCCGCGUCCAGGUGUACAAGAGGCUCUCCACCGUCUGGCAGAGCCCGCAGGUGAGGGCGGCUCACCCCGACGCCGCCCGCGCCGGGCGCUGGGACCAGUCCAACACGGUGCUCGUCGACGACUCGCGCGAGAAGGGGCGGAGCGAGCCCUACAACAUCCUGCCCGUCCCCGAGUUCUCCGGCCUGCAGGCCGAGCUGCCCGACGUCUUGCCCCAGGUCCACGACUACCUCAACGCCCUGUGCUUCCAGGCCGAUGUCAGUCGGUACAUGCGCCUGAACCCCUUCGCCUUGGACCCCCAGUACACCUUGUCUUAG